AUGCAAACGCAAUCUACAAACCUUCGAAUCAAGCUCCCAGUCUUUGUGUUUGUAAGCGAGGUGAUUAUUGUUGCCCUUAAUGCUGCUUUUGUCACCUACGAUGAGCACGCCGACGCCCGUCUCCAGACCAACCAAACAAACCCAAUGCACAAUGCAGUGUACAAGGACUAUCCCAUCUUCACAGACAUACAGGUGAUGAUAUUCCUCGGCUUUGGAUGCCUGAUGGCAUUCUUCAGGCUCUAUGGUUUUGGGGGGAUGGCCUUCAACUUCCUGACGGCAACUUUUGCAAUCCAGUGGGCAAUUCUGGUGCAGGGCUACUUCCAGUUCUGUCACAAUGGUAAGAUCCACCUUGGAGUGAUAAACCUCAUAAAUGCAGAGUUUGCCUGUGCUGUGGUGCUCAUAUCAUCUGGGGCAGUGCUGGGGAAAACCAGCCCGUUGCAGCUGCUGGUCAUGGCUCUGUUGGAGGUACCAGUGUUUGCAGUCACAGAGUGGCUCGUGCUGAAGUAUCUAAAGAUCAAUGAUGCAGGAGGCUCUAUUCUGAUCCAUAUCUUUGCCUGUUAUUUUGGACUGGGUGUCACUUUUGUGCUGCACAGGCCUGGUCUAAAUGAAGGCCAUGCCAAGGAGAACACCAGUUAUCAGUCGGACAUCCUGUCUGUUAUGGGGACCUUGUUCCUGUGGGUGUUCUGGCCAUCUUUCAACUCAGCAUUGACCCUGAAAGGAGAUGACCAGCACAGGGCCAUCCUCCACACCUUCAUCGGCAUCAGUGCUUCCACACUCACGGCCUUUGCUCUCUCUGCGAUGCUGAACAAAAAUGGUAAACUCACCAUGGCGGAUAUUCAGAAUGUGACCCUGGCUGGAGGUGUGACGGUCGGGGCAUCCGUGGAUAUGAUGAUAUCACCCGUGGGAGCAUAUGUUCUCGGUGUGACGGGCUGCACUGCAUGCAUGUUGGGUUACAGGUACCUGAGCCCCUUCUUGGCACAACGCUGCAAGAUCCAGAACAGGACUCAUAUCGUGCACUGCAGGGAUAUGUGCCAUAUUGAUGGCUGAUGAGGAGGUUUAUGGCCCCAGUUUGUAUGAGAUAUUUAACCACAGAGCACCUGUUGAAGGAGACCAGAAGCUACAAACACUUCAGAUACUUGUCCCAGGUUUAAAGUCGGGUUUGGGAAGGACUGCCCGGGAACAGGCUCUCUUCC